UCGGGGGCGGGGCCGCCACCGGGAGUUCCUGCGUCGGCGCGAAGAUGGUGGAGGAGGAGGAGAGUGUCCGCGUGGUUCGCUGUGGCGGCAGCGAGUUGAAUUUCAGAAGAGCCGUGUUCUCUGCGGAUUCUAAGUAUAUCUUCUGUGUCUCUGGAGACUUUGUUAAAGUUUAUAGCACAGCUACAGAAGAAUGUGUACACGUAUUGCAAGGACACAGAAAUCUGGUGACGGGAAUCCAGCUCAACCCCAACAAUCAUCUACAGCUGUAUUCUUGUUCCUUUGAUGGCACAAUUAAACUGUGGGACUAUCUAGAUGGCAUUUUGAUAAAGACUUUCAUAGUUGGACAUAAACUUCAUGCCUUCUUUGCUCAUAUCCAUAUUGAGGAUUCUGUCUUUGUUAUAAUAAAUAAAGAAAAACCAGAUGUAUUUCAGCUGGUUUCAGUGAAACUGCCCAAAUCGUCAAGCCAGGAAGUAGAAGCUGAGGAGCCCUCCCUUGUUUUGGAUUAUAUAGACCAGUCACCCAAGUGCAUUGCCUUCGGAAAUGAGGGAGAAUAUGUUGCUGCAGUGCGGGACUUUUACUUGUCUGUUUAUUUUUUCAAAAAGAAAAAAACAUCAAGGUUUACUUUGUCAUCAUCAAGAAAUAGGAAACAUGCUAAGAACAAUUUUACAUGUAUAGCAUGUCACCCAAAGGAAGAUUGCAUAGCAACUGGUCACAAGGAUGGCAAAAUUCGUCUUUGGAGGAAUUUUGAUGAUGAAAAGAAAUACACAUACACAUGUCUACAUUGGCACCAUGAUAUGGUUAUGGAUUUGGCUUUUUCAGUGACAGGCACCAGUCUGCUGAGUGGCGGUCGAGAAUCUGUCCUCGUUGAGUGGCGUGAUGCAACAGAGAAGAGCAAAGAGUUCCUACCCCGUUUAGGAGCUACUAUUGAACAUAUCGCAGUCUCUCCAGCAGGGGAUCUGUUCUGUACUUCUCACUCUGAUAAUAAGAUAAUAGUCAUUCACCGAAACCUUGAGGCAUCCGCAGUAAUUCAAGGCCUAGUGAAAGACAGCAGUAUCUUGACUGGUUUGAUGAUUGAUCCAAGAACUAAAGCUUUGGUUUUGAACGGAAAACCUGGCCAUUUGCAGUUUUAUUCUCUCCAAAGUGAUAAGCAAUUAUACAAUUUAGAUAUUGUGCAGCAAGAAUAUAUCAAUGAUUAUGGUCUGAUCCAAAUUGAACUGACAAAGGCUGCAUUUGGCUGCUUUGGUAACUGGCUUGCAACAGUGGAACAACGGCAAGAAAAGGAAAAUGAGCUUGAAUUGCAAAUGAAACUGUGGACAUAUAAUAAGAAAACACAAGGGUUUGUUCUUAAUACAAAGGUUAACAUGCCACAUGAAGACCACAUCACAGCUCUCUGUUUCUGUAAUGCAGAAAGAUCUGAAAACCCCACCUUGGUUACAGCUAGUAAAGAUGGUCACUUCAAAGUGUGGAUAUUAACAGAUGAUUCUGAUAUAUACAAAAAAGCUGUUGGCUGGACCUGUGACUUUGUGGGUAGUUAUCACAAAUACCAAGCAACCAACUGUUGUUUCUCUGAAGAUGGCUCUUUACUAGCAGUUAGUUUUGAGGAAAUUAUUACAAUAUGGGAUUCAGAGACAUGGGAACUUAAAUGUACAUUUUGUCAACGAGCUGGGAAUAUAAGGCACCUUUGCUUUGGGAGACUGACUUGUUCAAAGUAUCUUCUUGGUGCAACUGAAAAUGGAAUUCUUUGCUGCUGGAAUCUGCUUAGUUGUGCAUUGGAAUGGAGUACAAAAUUAAAUAUUACAGUGAUGGAGCCUGAUCCUAAUUCAGAGAAUGUUGCUGCAGUUUCACGGUCUUCGGUGGGUUCAGACUUGUUUGUAUUUAAACCUAGUGAGCCAAGGCCAUUGUAUAUUCAAAAGAGUAUCUGUAGAGAGGAAGUCAAGUGGGGAGUGUUUGUUCCACGAGAUGUCCCUGAAUCAUUCACCUCAGAAGCUCACCAGUGGCUGAACAGAUCACAGUUUUACUUCCUAACAAAAUCACAGAGUUUAUUGACAUUCAGCACAAAGUCUCCAGAAGAGAAACUCACACCAACAAGCAAGCAGCUACUAGCAGAAGAAAGUCUUCCAACAACCCCAUUUUACUUCAUACUGGGAAAGCACAGGCAACAACAGGAUGAAAAAUUAAAUGAAGCUUUGGAGAAUGAACUGGUACAGCUGCCCUUAACGGAAAACAUACUUGCCAUUAAUGAGCUUCUUCACACUCCAGCCCAUGUACUACCAUCUGCUUCUUUCCUGUGCUCCAUGUUUAUAAAUUCAUUGCUGCUGUCUAAGGAGACUAAGAGUGCUGAAGAAAUUCCUGAUGAUGUGGAUAUGGAAGAAGAAAAAGAAAGUGACAACUCCGAUGAAGAAAAUGAUUUCACUGAAAAGGUCCAGACUACAAAUAACACAGAUUUGGGAGAAGACAUUAUACAUCAGUUGUCAAAACGUGAAGAAAAGGAACUGAGAAAAUUCAGGAAAGUCGACUAUAGCUGGAUAACUGCUCUUUAAAAUUUGGAGAUGGGGGAGGGUUCUCGCACUUUUUUUUAUUGUAUGUUGAUAUUCCAAAAACCUAUUUUAAUGUUAUUUCUGUUUUUAAAAUAAAUAUUAACAGGCUUUACUUUUUAAGUAACUGGUAACAU